ACCCUGACGAAAAGGAAAAGCAGAGGAAUGUGGAAGUCCUUUCCCCAAGGUCAAUGGAAAGAUAUUGAGCCAUCUGGUUGCCCCUUCAAUUGGGAAGAGGCCAGAGAUUCCUCUGUUAUCUACUGUUGUAAGAGAAGAGAGAAGAAAGGAAUGCAUGCAGAGACUCAAAGAGGCCCCAGACAUUAAGCACACACUGAUAUAGACUUCAAUCAGCUACAAGUCUGGAAUUAUUACCACAAAUAUAAGGCAUUGAAUAUGAGAAAAGCAGCAGCAGCAGAAAUUGAGAAAAGUGCCUUCUGUUGAACAGCAGUUAGGGUCGAAAAUAGGAAACAAUAAUAUUUGCAUUUAAGCGAUCAAUAAUUCACCCUUACAAUUGUCUUUCCAAAACAGGGACCCGCCUUUUCUCAGAAGGAUUUCAUCCACCUGACCUCAUCCUUGUACGUUUUUUUCUUACCUUUCAGCGAUGAUCCCAUUUUAACAGGCGUUUGAUGACUCACUGGUGCUGUUAUUGUUUUUGGCCAGAGAAAUUCCCUUUUGAGACCCAUAAUGGUGCUUUUUGAUCCCCGACACGUGGCAUAAAAGGAAGAACGGAAUCGAAGUGGAGGACAAGCACACUCAGCUGUCUUCAUUGUAAACCAACAACCAGAGAACCAGUGUAAUGGAGAGGAAGAUACCCAAAUCAAUAGCACGAUCUGUUACACCUCUGCUUCAGGCAAAAAAUCGAGGACUAGCAACGGUCUAAGCAUGGAUCCAGAUGCGAGUGUCAAAAAGCCAUUCCGUGCAAGAAAAACUAUGACUGUGAGCAGUCGAAAACAAAUUGAAAUACUGAGAAAUAUUCAAGCACGGGGAAAGACUGGAAGCGUCACCAACCGCGUGGAUAAUUGCAUGCAGUUAAAAAUGAUUGAAAGGGACUGCUUAAAUCGCAGUCCUUGCAAAGAAACGAACGCAGAUCUUGAAUUAAAACAAACGUCAGCCAAAGAGCCAGUAGCUAAGCGGGCUGUAAAUUCUGAAAGCCGCAUUUAUGACGGCAGUCCAGAUGUAUCCAGGGGCAGUCCCUAUAACGGUUGCAGUGCGCACGCCGAUGUGGAAAAGUUUUUGAACCCUGGGUGUUUUGAAGACUUGCUAUAUAGCUUGUAUAAAAAAGACUCCAGUUCUCCAGUUUCGAAGCCAGCAGAAUUGCGUUUAUAUUCUGAACCAACAAGUCGGCCCUUGGACACUCCAAAAGAACUGACUUCCUCAGUAGCCUCUUCGACUAGUGGGGUACCUACCAUGGGCAAAACAGUGAAGACCGAAGGAAUGCCUGAAAAUCUCGCAACUCCAGUGUUGGAACAACAACGUGACAGUUUUCAGUUCCGGGAAGGAAAUACACUGUCUGAUGAUCCUUUGAGAAAACGGAGACCUUCUGAACAUAAAGAAGUAACUUCUAAACGCAGGAAAUGGUCCCGUGAAACCAAGACUUCCGGCGUGCACUCAAACAAGAACCAGCCAGGACUGGAGAUGGUCAGAGGUUUCAUUCAGAGCCACCUAGACAGCAAGCUGGGAGAUUUGGACCGCAAGGUGCAGCAGCUAAGCAAAAGGAUAGAUCGCAUGCAGUGUCUGCAGAAUCACGAACAAAUAACUGUUCAGAUGACAAAGAGAAUAUCUCGGCUUAACAGGCGUGUGGAUUCUGUAGCGGAAUUCCAGAAGGCCCAGCUGCCCCAAAAGGCAAAUCUUCCAAGUGCAGAAGCAAAAAUUAACAUACUAAAUGCGCCCAAGCCUCUUCCUGACUGUCCAAACGAUCCCCCUGCAUCACUGAAACGUCGGUCAGCAGAAGCUCCUUCCAAAACCACCAGAAGUUCUGACAAGGAAACGUGUCUCCACGGGGAAACCUCUGGUGUCCAAUCUGUGAAUUCAGCAGAUGUUCAGCAAAAGAAAGCGUCUUCAAAUUCAUACCCCUCAACUGAAGUCCCACAUGCAGCUCAGAACUCGUUCCUGAUUGACUUAACGGAGGAAGAGAAUGCUAAGCCAGAAGAAGCGGUCUCAGUCAAAGCGAAUCCACCACCAGAAAGCACCACGGCCAGGCCUCACCAGCCAGCCCCAGAGCUGUCAAAGAAGAUCCCGGUGCCGUUUUCCCACCUCCCUCCGUUGCCAACGAGCCACCAGUGGUCGCAGCACCUAAAUGGCUUUGAAGACACCCUCCCGCCCCAGAGGCUCCAACUGGCCGUCGCGCAGAUCCAGAACCCCAAAGGCAUCGGCCUCCAGUGGAACAUCCGCCAAGUGGACCCGAGGUGCGCCCCCAUCGAGAGCUUCCAUUUGUACAUCUGCGUCGAGAAUACAAAGGCGGGCACUGUCUCUGCCUGGACAAAAACCAACGUCAUCAAGGCGCUUCCUCUCCCAUUGGCUUGUUCCAUGUCAUUUCCAGCAUCUGGCAAAUGUUACUUCGCCAUGCAAUCCAAGGACGUUUACGGACGCUUUGGACCCUUCUGUGAUAUUCAGUCGAUUUCUGCAGUAUAACUUUGGGGAGGGGGGGGGGGGCGACGAUAGCAACAGCUACCCCGUGACAUUUCUGUUGGGUCUUGCAUCUCGGGCCCAGUUGUACAGACCAACACUUUACAAACUGUUUACUCUAA